GACUCACUUGGAGUAAAAUCAUAAGGGAUGUCUGACCAUGGGAUCGGGGAUAGGGGAUUGCCCAAGUCCUUGGGAAAGGGGGAUAAAUUGGGACUUGAGAGCAAUAGGGCACUUCUGGAUCUAAAGGAAUCAGGGAUAGGGAAAUUUAAACUAUUUAGGUCUAGACGUCAUUUCCCUCUAGGAUAAUGUGUUUCAUUAAGAAAGUAAACCCAUAAGCAUAAACCUGUUUUCUUGAGGGUCUAUGUAUGUAACCCAGCUAGAAACUGAAGCUGGAUCCCAUGUAUUAUUAUUUUUGUUCCAAGGACCCUCUUUUCCUCUCCCCCCCCCCCACACACACACACAUCUGUUUAUGGAAGAAAAUGUUUGGGGAUGUGGUUUAGGGACUGAACUAGAUUCUCAUGAUCUGUCACAUGCCUGGAUAUUGAGGGAAGCAUUUGGAGAAGCUCAUAUGACUGGCCCUAGAUUGGGGAUUUUAAUAAUUGAGACAGAUAAUGUUCAUCAGGCUUUGGCAGUGAAGAAGUCACAAGUGAAUUUGUCAGUGCUUAUGGCAUUGAUUCAAGCGCUGUCAUAACCAGGAGUACUGUUUCUGGUUACUUUAGGAACUGGUUUCAUACGGACUUUCUGGGCAUAUCCUUCCCCAGCAAAAUCAUGUUAGUCUGGAAAAGCUAUUACCCUGCCUGAAAGCAAAGACAACUUCCAGGCAACAGGUCUAUAAAAUACAAAUGAUUUUGGAGCCUGUGACUUCCCUGAUACUUUUUUCUAGCUUUUUGUCUUCAUUUCCUCAUCUGUGAUGUGAGGGUCAGACACAAAUUUUAAAACAGGUUUCAAAGUUGGAGAAAUGAAUAAUAACAGGAAAGGGGCCAGAAAAGAGAUAAUCCCCUAGUGUAACAAAUAAUAUAUGCUUGUCCAUCCACCAAAGAGAAGGUAAGCCCCAACUUGGGUAAUAAUGUAUUGAGGUCUUUUUUGUCUGUCUCAAAGGCAGGCAGCCAUGUGAAACUAAAUACCUAACUCUCCGCCCUGCCACACAUGCUCCACAUGCGCACAGAGAAAGGAGGCAAAUCUGCUGCCUACUUCCCUCCUCCCUAACCCCCCUCUCUCAGCAUUUCUGUCUCCAGUGCCCUCCCCAUCCAAAUUUUCCAGCCAGCAGCCAGAGCUGACUUCCGCAAUCCUGGUGGAAUAAAUCCAGCACCCCUAGUCAUCCGGCCACAUUAUCCACACUUCUCUGCUGAGACGAGCCCCGAGAACAGAUCCCCAUCAACAGGAUGUGGGGGCUCACGGUUCUUCUACUGCUGCCUGUGGUGAGCUUUGCUCUAUACCCCGAGGAGAUACUGGACACCCAGUGGGAGCUAUGGAAGAAGAACUACAGAAAGCAGUAUAACAGCAAGGUGGAUGAAAUCUCUCGGCGUUUAAUUUGGGAAAAAAACCUGAAGCAUAUUUCCAUCCAUAAUCUUGAGGCCUCGCUUGGUGUCCAUACAUAUGAACUGGCCAUGAAUCACUUGGGGGACAUGACCAGUGAAGAAGUGGUUCAGAAGAUGACUGGACUCAAAGUACCCGCUUCUCGUUCCCGCAGUAAUGACACCCUCUAUACCCCAGACUGGGAAGGCAGAGCCCCAGACUCUAUUGAUUAUCGGAAGAAGGGAUACGUUACUCCUGUCAAAAAUCAGGGUCAGUGUGGUUCCUGUUGGGCUUUUAGCUCUGUGGGUGCCCUGGAGGGCCAACUCAAGAAGAAAACCGGCAAACUCUUAAAUCUGAGUCCACAGAACCUGGUGGAUUGUGUGUCUGAGAAUGAUGGCUGCGGAGGGGGCUAUAUGACCAAUGCCUUCCAGUAUGUGCAGAAGAACCGGGGCAUUGACUCUGAAGAUGCCUACCCGUAUGUUGGACAGGAUGAAAAUUGUAUGUACAAUCCAACAGGCAAGGCAGCUAAGUGCAGAGGGUACAGAGAGAUCCCUGAAGGAAAUGAAAAAGCCCUGAAGAGGGCUGUAGCCCGAGUGGGACCCAUCUCUGUGGCCAUUGAUGCAAGCCUGACCUCCUUCCAGUUUUACAGAAAAGGUGUGUAUUAUGAUGAAAACUGCAAUAGUGACAAUCUGAACCACGCGGUUUUGGCAGUGGGAUAUGGGAUCCAGAAGGGGAAUAAGCACUGGAUAAUUAAAAACAGCUGGGGAGAAAACUGGGGAAACAAAGGCUAUAUUCUCAUGGCCCGGAAUAAGAACAACGCUUGUGGCAUUGCCAACCUGGCCAGCUUCCCCAAGAUGUGACUUCCACCAGCCAACCCCGUCCUGCUCUUCCAUUCCUUCCACAGUGAUGCAACAUACUUAUGUACCUUGAAGGAAACUGGCGUGCCUUUCUUGACACAGAUGUGGUGACACAGAGAUUGUCCGUUCAGUCUCCCUGUUUGUGCUUCAAGUGACACUCCUACUACUUUCUUCUCUUAACCCAAGGUCUUUAUUUUCUCAUUGUUGCCACAGUAGAAUUUCCCUAGUAGGUAUGCACUCUGCCCUGACUGUGUUGUUCUGAGGCUGAUGCUGUGUAGAAGCUAGAGGCCCUCAGAUAGGCUAGAUUCUCAUUCAAAGGGACUAGUUAGCUUUAACCACUUGAGAGGACUAAGGUGACCUGACUUCUCAGUCUCCACGUUUACUUCUCUAUCUUCCAGGUAGAAAUUCCACCCCAUUAAUAAAUCUAUUCACAAAUCUUUGGUACAAGUUUACAUGAUACAACAAAUGUGUUUUCUUUUUCCUUCUUUGCAUUUUUAAAGUAAACUGUAUUUAUCGCUUAUCUAUAAUUUAAUAAAUAGCUGUUUAGUAAACAUUCAUUUUGUGUCAGAUACUGGGCUAGGUGCUGGAGACAAAAAAAUGAACAAAACAUGUUCCUUAUAUAUGAUGUGCUCACAGUUUGGAGAUUCUGUUGCGUAAACAAUUCAUCCUAAUUCAUGUAUUUGUUUAUUCCUUCCACUAACAUUUUUUAGUGUUUACUUGGUAUUAAGAGUUGUACUAAGUUUCAGGGAUUAAAUGGAUAUAAAAAGAUUUCAAUAUUUAAUUCUAUCUGUAUGGAGACCAGUGAUACAUGAACGUAGGUCUUGAAAAAUAUCUUAAGGCCUUUUCUGUGGUUUGAGAACCUAAACUUUUGCUGUCACCAAUAGAGGAAAUUGAAAUUCUUUAUAAUAAUUCGUAAGCAGUAUCAAUUUUAAAAGAAAUUAGCUGGCUAAUAGUAAAUCAGCACAAUGAGCUUUUGCCACUUUUCACAAAAUGUUUUUUUGAGCAUCUGUUAUUCCUCCUAGAAAGAGUUCACAUUUAUUAAACACUGACCAUGUGUCAGGCUCUACUUUAUAUCAUGCUGUGCAAAAACCAUUUAUUUUUGUGUGUCAAUAUUUAUUACCGUGUCAUUUGCAGUGUAUUCAAAGCUACCAGGAUGAAACAAAUUAGUAAGAUGCGGCCCUGAUUUCUAUGAAAGUUACAGACUAGUGACAGACAUAAAAACAACUAAUAAUAUCAACCAUAAUUAAAUAAAUAUGAACUAUGGAAGCUCA